GACGUUUAGAAAGCAAAUGUCAAACGACGAUGAUUUAUAUUAUCUUCUUAACAUUAGUUCUAUUUUUCUUUUCAGUCGAUUCAAAUUGUCCUAGGACUCCGUUAUCGAUAAAACGAUACGACCAAGCCGAUUUGCUUCAAGAGGACGAAGACAGAAGGGAAAUAUUGAAAGACAUCAAAACGAUUUUUGCCCCCGAAUAUCGAGUUUAUACCAAUGAUUCAAUAUGCAGUACGGUUACAAAAAGGAAGCGAACCAGCAAUUAUUGCAGAGACGAUCUUUUUAAAGAGUACGAUCCACGAAGAGACUUCUUCUCUAAAAGUUCUCGAAAGGGAUUCUGCGAGGAAAAUUAUUUAUAUAGAUCUCGGUCCAAGAAACAACUACAGGAAGAUGACGAUAUGUAUAGUGAAUUAUCUUCUAACUAUACUUUAUUGCAUAGAGAAGAUCCCAACGAGGAGAACUUUUAUUUAAGCAAAAAUAAUAUUGCCGUUGAUUCUAUACAUAAUUUAGUAACAGGCGAGUUAUUGAAUGUGAAAAAUGCAACUAUACAAACUGAGACCAAAGAAAACAAACAUUUGAAAGAAGAUAGUGAUGUUAACGAAGAAGAAAUAAGGAAUGAAAUAUGGCCAAUAUGGUACUCAAAUUUAAGUACAACAGAGAUAAGAGCACUACAAAGCAAAAUCAUGAAAAAAUUCAUGAACCCACAAGUUGACCCAUGUGUAGAUUUCUAUGAAUAUGCCUGUGGUAACUGGAAGAAUUAUUACAGUAUUCCUCCAGAUAGGUCAACUUACGAUAUAUUUGAAAUGGUACGAGAAAACCUCGAUCAAGCCCUGAAGAUGCUGCUAACAGAAAAGGCUGAAAAAUCAUCAAAAAAUCCGUAUUUUCUAACAAAAAGUUUCAUAGAAAAAGACUUCUUACCUCAUCAACCAACAGACGCAAUCGUUAAAGUUAGAUUAUUUUAUCAGUCGUGUAUGAACGAAAAUAUUCUGAAGAAAAGAGGGGACGAGCCUUUAAAGAAGAUUUUAAAAGAACUAGGAGGUUGGCCAAUAUUGGAAACAAAGUGGACAAAAAAUGAUUUUAAUAUAAUAUGGUUGUUGGCAACUUUAAGGAUGUUGAAUAAUGAUAUAUUGAUAGCCCAAUGGGUCGGGCCUGAUAUGAGGAACUCGAAGGAAUAUAUUGUGCACAUUGACCAGACUACUCUAGGACUGCCAUCCAGAGAAUACUAUUUGGAAGAAACCAACAUAAAAUACAUCCAGGCAUAUCGGAUCUUCAUCCUGACAGUAGCUGCUCUGAUGGGUGCUAACCCCAAAACAACUUCAAAAGACGUCGACGACAUCAUACAAUUCGAAAUGUCGUUGGCUAAAAUCAUGGCAUCUCCAGAAGAACGCAGAAAUAUCUCCGAAAUCUAUUUAAGAACUGACAUCGCAUCUUUGACGAUGUAUUUUCCGCAGUUUGAUUGGAAGACUUACUUCGAUUUGGUUCUAGGAAGUGAUAUUGAUCUGAUGACUCCAGUGGCAUGCUAUUGCGCGAAGUAUUUAAUGGAACUUAUCUAUUUGUUGAGCAACACUGAACCAAGGGUAUUGCAGAACUAUGUUUUGUGGAGAUUUGUGAGACACAGAACUAACAAUUUGGAUCAGAGAUUUUUAGAAGCUAAACAAAGAUUUUACUACAUAUUAUUCGGAAGAGAAAAAAGCCCACCACGAUGGCAAUUUUGCGUGACUCAAGUAAAUUCUAACAUGGGAAUGGCUCUAGGCUCAUUAUUUGUAAAAAAGUAUUUUGAUAUAAGCAGUAAAACGGAUACUAUCGAUAUGACCAGGAGGCUGCAGGAUGCUUUUAAAAUAACUUUGCAGGAAAAUACCUGGUUGGAUAAUAACACAAAAGAUUAUGCAAAAAUGAAACUAGACUAUAUGGAUUUAAAAAUCGGUUUUCCAGAUUUUAUUCUAAAUAAGACUCAGUUAGAUCUUCGAUACCAUGACGUGGAAGUUCACGAAGACUAUUUUUUCGAAAACGUUUUGACUUUUCUGAGACAUCUCACGAAGGUUGAACAAAGAAGAAUGGGGACACCAGUUAAUAGAACUCUUUGGAGUACACCUCCUGCUAUUGUUAAUGCAUAUUACAGUAGAAAUAAGAAUCAGAUCAUGUUUCCCGCAGGUAUGCUACAACCACCGUUUUACAAUAGACACUUUCCUAAAGCUCUCAACUUUGGUGGAAUCGGAGUAGUCAUUGGUCACGAAAUAACACACGGCUUUGAUGAUAAGGGCAGACUGUUUGACCACGAAGGCAAUCUACACAUGUGGUGGCGAGAAGUUUCUAUAGAAAAGUUUUACGAACGAUCGCAAUGUAUGAUUGAACAAUAUGGACAAUAUGUUCUGCCGGAAAUACAUAUUGCUCUAGAUGGGUAUGUAACACAAGGAGAAAAUAUCGCAGACAACGGUGGAUUAAAACAGGCUUUUCGUGCUUACGAAACUUGGUUAACGGAGCAUCCCGAAGUAGACGAAACCUUAGUCAAUCUAAACCUAACCAGUAGACAAUUAUUCUUUCUUAACUUUGCCCAAGUUUGGUGUGGCCAACAGAGAAUAGAAGCUGCAAAGAGUCGAAUAAAAACAUCAGUUCACGCUCCGGGAGUUUUUAGAGUUAUUGGAGCUCUGAGUAAUUCAGAAGAGUUUUCCAGAGUGUAUAUGUGUCCCAAGAAUAGUCCUAUGAAUCCUGAGUUUAAAUGUAUUAUAUGGUAGUUAUUAAUUAUUGUAUUAAA